UGCUGGUUGGGUAUAGAUUCAAGGUAAAAGGCUGUUGGCGUUCAGUCAUCUUCCACCUCCGAGUCCGUUUCGUCCACCCACGAACAAGCAGCUCCCAGCUAAACCCCCGAGUCCCAGGAACGAACGACCCUCAGGGAGGCGCUGUAUAUCCGAUAAUUGCACAGUGCUAAGGAAACUUCGAGCAAUAUCGAUAAUGAAGUCCUAUACUGGUGUGGCUUUGGUCCUUGUGGCUUGCUCUGUCAUGCAACUAAGAGAAGUCCAUGGCUGGGGCGGUCUCUUUAAUCGUUUCAGUCCGGAGAUGUUGGCUAAUCUUGGCUACGGGGGUCACGGAGGCCACCGCGGCGGUCAGCCCGCUUUUAUGCAGAGACUCGGAGGCGUUGACGUAUACGGAGAUUUGGUCGAGGACGAGCUGGAAGAACCCUGUUACGGGAAACGGUGUACGGCCAAUGAACACUGUUGCCCAGGAUCUGUGUGCGUCGACGUGGACGGAGUUAUCGGAUCUUGCCUGUUCGCCUAUGGACUGAAACAGGGCGAGUUAUGCAGAAGAGACAACGAUUGCGAAACCGGGCUGAUGUGCGCCGAAGUGGCUGGUGAAACUCGUUCUUGUCAACCUCCGGUUACCUCAAACAAGCAAUACAGCGAAGAAUGCAACAUGUCCGGGGAAUGUGACAUUAGUCGUGGACUCUGUUGUCAGCUGCAAAGGCGUCAUAGACAGGCCCCGAGAAAGGUCUGUUCAUACUUCAAGGACCCCCUAGUCUGCAUCGGACCAGUGGCCAGUGACCAGGUGAAGUCCAUUGUCCAGUACACUUCAGGAGAAAAACGAAUUACUGGUCAAGGGAAUCGCAUCUUCAAAAGGGCACCGGCUGCUUAAAUCCCCCGAGUUUUCAAAAGCCGGCGAAAUCAGAUAUACAUACAAAAUCUAUAAUUUAAGAUUACCCUACCGCGUAGACACUAACCUAGAAAAAACAGUCCCUAUGUUUUAAGUUUCUCCCUACCAGUAUAAGAGUGCAAAAUUGAAUCCCUCGCGUGAGCUUGUAAAUUGGCUACUUUGGAUUUCUAAAUUCCGAUUUCUUUACCCUGAAUUCACCACGUACAGUUUUACCAACUACAGAUUGUUUCGUUUCGUAUAUGGCCAUGACGAUUGGGCAAACGCCGCUCUGAAUAUCAGAAUGUACACUCGCGGCGAACCAGAAGAGUUUUAUGCCCGGAGAGAAAUGACGACUCGUGAAAAAUACAUACAUAUCUUUCGUAAUUGUAAUGACUGAAAAAUAUUAUACAUAUCAGUAGGUAUUUAACCUAUUACCAAUUAACUACUUACUAUAUUUAAUCAUAUAUAAGAUGCAAUUGUAAUGUCAUUCGUAUUUUAAUGUUUAAGUAUAUAGCCCACACGCAUAAGUGUAAUAUUUCAAUCGAAAAUCAAAUUACGAAACAAAAUGAGAUGAAAAUUUAUCUGAUGUAACUGUAAACGUCUUGUUCUCGUGUAAUUAUAUGAAAUCAAAGAUCUCGUUUACUGGCUAGGCUGCUUAUAUAAUAUAUUUAUUAUAAGUAAUAUUAACAUUAACCGUUGCGUCAUCGCGUCAAUAUUGUCACGCUAUCGGAAUGAAAUAAGUAAAACGUAUAUAUAACUAUACCGAUAGUAUACAUAUCUAUAUAUAUAAUAUGUAACCAUUAAUCGAUUGUAUACAUACAUAAUACAUAUGCACAAUCAAUUAAUGGAAGUUUGAGUGAUAUGGAUGUAUAUGGAUACAUAUAUACAUAUCAUAUGAAUACACACAUAUGACUUAUGUAUACAAUUAUAUAUCAAUAGCGACGUCAAAAUGGGCAUGGCCAUUUCAUUAUAUUGAUUUUCAAAUUUUAUUCUUUUUGUUGACAGAGAGAAAGAGAACGAAAGAGAGCAAGUCUAUAUCUGACUUUUAAAAUUGGAAUCAUGUCUUACCAUGUGGAGAAAGGAAAGAAAUAGAUCUCUGCAAACGUGUUGCGUUGAGUAGCAAGAUCUAAACAAACAUGAAUGCAAACUUCAAAUCAGGCACAGUCUUGAAAGACCUAAAUCUUGCACAAUUUUCAAAGACUCUAAAAAAUUACACGCUUGCUAACGUUGUGGAAUUAGGGCAUGCCGAAAUAAAAUUGCAAGCUUAUACAAAUAAUUUUCACGUUGAAUUUUGAGUAUUAAUUUAGUUCACUUGCCGAAAUGGUUGGAAACAUUACACGUUUCAAAUGAGUAUAAAGUUCAUUUGCCGAGCCCCUUCUACAGAUGUUAAAAAUUCAAACCGCGUAGGGAGAUAUGCAAUGCUAACUUUGAAUUAUUGUGACCUCAGACUUCUUGUAGUCCGUUAUUACGUGCAAAAAUAAUACUUGUCAAAGUUUAGAAUAAAUUUAUAUGGCAUUAUGACUAAAGAUGUUGUACGCUCGUGCUCACGCAGAUAUUAUGAUUGAUGCGUGUCGUUCUCUUACUGAAAAAAUAGUUUGAUGGUAGGUAUAGAUGGAAAAAAAUACCGAAUAGCUACUCGAAUGAUUUGAUUUACCGAGUGUAAAAAGUCUGCGUGAUUCUCGAGCGACCAUUGACAGUUUAAUACGAUGUCAAAAUCUCGAUGUUUCCUAUGUCGUCUAUAAGUGAGGUUAAACAUAUCACGAAAAUGCCUAAAGCAUUAGAAGUUUAAAUGAUAUACUAUAUAUUAUUAAAAGAUAUUCAAUUGAAAGUAUAUUUUUGUCUUCGAUGCAUCAUUAUAUUAAUACUCCGUAUAUUGAACUCCAUAUUUGCAUAAUAUUGAUAUAUUUUAUUGAAGCGUAUACUACUAUUAUACAUUAUACUGCUACAAUUGUGUAGCAUAAAAAUUAUGAAAAAUUAUUGUUAAUUGACGUUAUAGUAUAUUUAUUUCAUUAUUCUUGUGUAGGCCUAUUGAGAUAUUAUAUGAAAGUAAAUAUUAUACUUAUACUAUAUUAAGUUGAACAAAUCAAAUACAUAUCAUAGCGUCUAAGAUGUUAAAUUUUAAGAAAAAAAUUCACUAGAGAAGUAUUUGGAUUAUACAACAGAUUCCACAAAAUUAAAGCCUUCGUUUUCACGCAUAUAGUAGGUACAAAUAUUUCACUCUCUCAUAGAUGUGCCGGCUUCUGGUGUUCCAUACUCGGUACAUUCUUGAAGAAAGAAAUAUUCUGCUAUUAUAUAUUGCUUAUACAGGGUUAUCUUGUACUUCUGAAAAUUGAAAAUCAUGAAUAUUUUGAACAUUCUGUCAAGCAUAACAGUUACACGAAUAUUUUUAUGCACAUUAUUUUUGUCGAAAGACAUUUAUAAAUUCAGAAUAUUCCAUAAUUUACACAUAAUUGUAUACAAAUUAUACAGAUGAUUGAUUGUAGAAUCCAGUGACUUCGGCUACUAGGCAUUGAGUCAAAUGUACCUAUAUCAAAAACACCUCUACAUGAAUAUACGUGUACAUCUCCUAAAUAUUAAUAACUAUAAUGUUUCAAAGGUACAUAUUUGAAUGUGAAAUACACUAUUAUAUAUAUAUACAUAUUAUACACAUA